AAUUAGCCCAACGCAAGCCGAUACAUAACCAAAUGCGAGUUCGCGGCUGCCAAAUACGGCACGAAUCUCGAGUUUCUCUGGCACGGCACCAGCCUCCGCGAAACUCUCUAUUCCCGUCUAAUGCUCGUGAAAAAACACGUAAAAACGCAUUUAUUUCUGUAGCGAGCGGCCUCUAAAUUUAGGCCGUAUGGAAACCGAAAGCAAUAGCGAUUUUGGUCGGCUUGUCUGAAUAUAGAUUAGUGUGCGUCGCGCGCGAGUCCCGGCUCGGCGUUGAUAAGCGUGCAUCGCGCAUCGGUGCAUCUCCCCUGGCGUCGCGACGGCCGCUCCAUGCUGCCAGAGGGCGCAGGUACACCCUCACCACCCUCACCACCGCCCUCACGCAUGUGCGCGCCACUAAUCACCAUUCGCAAGUGAAAACUGAAAAGCCAUUCCGUGAUUUUGAUUGAAAGUGCACCGCGUCGCAGUUAUCGAGCUGAUAACAUCGCGAUAACAAAACAACGUGCUACUGUGAUUACACUUAACUAAGUAAUGCGUCGCGCGGCGUGCGGCGACGUGUGUCCUGCGCCGGCGCCGCAACCGAACAAUAGGUCAUUGGAAAACAAGGAGUUACUUCGCCAGCAAUUGCUGUCAGCUAACAAGGACCGUAGCGACAAGUCGGAGCCGAAGGUGAAGCAAGCUCGCAACCGGCAGAAGAACCGCUGGAAGCUGAAGUUCCACCACCAGGCGCUGCCGCAGGAGUACCUCGACCACUAUGAGCAGAGCCUCCAGAAAACUGCGCCCAAGAAGAAACCACAAGAGAAGCCGAAAGAUCAAAACAGUGACGUAAAUAUCACUAGUGAAGCCUUCAAACUGUGGGCACAACGCCUCGCCGGCGCUCAAAACGAAACGCUAACCGUUCCGCAAGCCCCAGUCAAUAUGGUCGCGAAACUCAAGGAAGAAAAGAAAAAGAAACAACCCACCAUCACUCCUAGCAAAAUUAUGACGUAUGAGGACUUGCCCUACAUGGGAGAAAUGACGCUCAACAACUCGAAGCCACGCCGCGGAAGGAAACCUAAAAAAGCGGAUAUUUGCCACCUAAUCUAUGAAAAUUACGGCACAGUUGUACCGGGACAACCUACGCCCCAGGAUAAACUGAAUUCAAACGCGUGCCAGUCGCUCAGAAACACCGAUACGCCUGUCAACACGUCCAAAACUGAUUUACAGAAUAAAAUAAUAUCCAGUUUAUUAGAACGGAAGCUAUCUCAAGAAAAUAAGAGAAGGUUAGAGAACCCGUCGCCCCCGCGGUUCCUGAGCCCGGACGAGCCGAUGCCGGCGGCGCCGCUCACUGCGGCCGGCCCGCUGCACAGCGACGACGAACCGCUCAACCUGUGCAUCAGAGACUUGCACGAUCUUAAAAUACAAAUACAGAAGAAAUUCGGAAACAUCUACACCUCCACGCCGGAAAUAAAAACGGAGAUUGAAGAUUCUGAGCUGGAGAGUGUUAAAAGUGAACAGCCGAAUGCUAUAUCUGUGAUUCAAAGGAACACGAACGUGCCGCACACGGCUAGCAGCUCGCCCGACCUCUCGCACCAAACAAGAAACAUUUCACCAACAUUGUCUGAACCGGCACAGUCGACCACUAACACAGAAGAUGACAAGUUCCCCGGAUACGUGUACUGGCCAAAUGCUGGUAUUUACAUGCAUCCUCUUGCUUUGCAAACGCAAUUAUUAUACUACCAAAGGUUAGCCGCCGCUGGACAGUUACCGCUUAAUCAAGAAAAGGAUAAAGUAACGCCGUCAAGCACGAGCCCCGUAGAAACCGUGCUAGAUGACAAUAAAAAUAAACUCGUCCUGAAACAGCUGUCAGAAUUACUAGAUCCUAAAGUUAUCAAACAAGCGGAAGAAACGAAAAGUCCAGAACCUCCGAAGAAGCGCGCUUCGCCGAACCCAGUUCAGGCGCCAGUAAAGAGAAAGCGAUCAGCAAUCUUCAUCCCGCCGAUGCCUGCUAAAAAUAAUUCGUCCACGCCGACCACAGAAGUCAGCAUCUGCAAGUUCAAAUUCACAGGCGGUUCGAAACCGUCGCUACAAGAAAAGAAAAUGCUGUCCGUAGACUCGGGCGGGAACUUCAGGUAUUACAGUGGAACAGGCAGCAAGGGAAGCAAGGGGUACGAUUACAUCCAGAAGAACAACGAGGAGCGAAUCACAUCGCUCGACCCGGCGCCGACUCUACCGCUAUCGGAUACUCAGAACGGCUUAGUUUUAAAAGACGAGUUGAACAAGAAAAAGAGAAAGUCUAGACGGACGCUGCAACGGGAAAAGUUGGAGCAAACGUUCAAAGAGAAGGGCUUUCUGAUACAAACGCAGCAGUUGCAGUCCGCGGAGGGCGCUACAUACUGCAAGUUCAGACAGCUACGGAAGUUUACCAGAUAUCUUUUUAGAAGUUGGAAAGAUUAUCUCCCGGGAGAGUUAAAUGAAAGACCAGCAGAAAGUGUAGAAACUCCCCCUACUAAUGAUAGUGUAACGGAGUGGGGAUGAACAAUUAAUCUAGUUUGAACUCUUGAACUAAAACCAAAGACGUUCGCUAAGUGUUCGCUAGCGAACGAAUGCAUUUAUAACAAUCGCCUUUAGUGAGAUUUAUUGAAAAUCGUGUUUCCGUCCAAUUCAGAUUUUGUGUGUUGUGUCGUGUAAUUUAUUAAGAACGCUGUUGAUUAGAUAAAAUAAGGAGCUGUUUGGUGCUAUUAAUAUAUAAUAUUGAUUAAGAAAAUCAAGUUUAAGAUUUAAAUCACAAAUUGUAUUAUUUUACCAUGUUAACUUGCCAGUAUUGAAAUAUAUAUUAUUUACUAAGGAUGUUCAUAAAAAUAUAACAUAGUACCAAAAAUUGAGAACAAUUUGUGUAACAGUUAAUAUAAUGUAUAUAAUUUAAAACCACUAACGCAACUAGUCAAUAAUAAUUAUUCUAUUCAAUAAGCCAAGUGUGGGUUGUGUAAUUGCCUCGUUGCCUUAUAUUUUAAUAAAUAAUGUACAUAAGAACGAGUUAUUCUAGUCAUAAUGUUAAGUUGUUGUUCGUUAACGGAGUUUAUGUAAAAUGAAAUAAAACAAUUUUCUAUUUGAUAUAAAUUUAUUAAAAACAAUGCGCUUCACAAAGCAAAUGCAACAGGAAUGUAUGACCAAUAAACAUUUUAACUCAA